UAGAGGAGAAUGACGGCAGAUAACACCUCCUCUGUGACAGAGUUUAUCCUCACAGGCUUAACAGACCAGCCAGAACUGCAGAUCCCCUUCUUCUUCCUGUUUCUAGGUUUCUACGUGGUCACCGUGGCAGGGAACCUGGGUUUGAUAACCCUGAUUGGGCUGAAUUCUCACCUUCACAUUCCCAUGUACUUUUUCCUCUUCAACUUGUCCUUCAUAGAUUUUAGUUACUCCACUACCCUCACCCCUAAAAUGUUGAUGGGUUUUGUCUCAGAGAAGAACAUCAUUUCCUAUGCAGGGUGUAUGACUCAGUUUUUUUUCUUCUGUUUCUUUGUCUUUUCUGAAUCCUAUAUCCUGUCAGCAAUGGCAUAUGACCGCUAUGUCGCCAUCUGUAAACCACUGGUGUACACUGUCACCAUGUCUCCUCAGGUCUGUUUACUCCUUUUAUUGGGUGUCUAUGGGAUGGGAGUGUUUGGGGCUGUGGCCCAUAUGGGAAACAUAAUGAUUAUGACCUUUUGUGCCGACAACCUUGUCAAUCACUAUAUGUGUGAUAUUAUUCCUCUCCUUGAGCUCUCCUGCAACAGUUCUUACAUAAAUUUGCUGGUGGUCUUUAUUGUUGUGACCAUUGGCAUUGGGGUGCCCAUUGUGACCAUUUUUAUCUCUUAUGGUUUUAUUCUUUUUACCAUUCUCCACAUUAGCUCUGCUGAAGGCCAAUCCAAAGCCUUUAGUACCUGUAGUUCCCAUAUAAUUGUGGUAUCUCUUUUCUUUGGGUCAGGAGCUUUUAUGUACCUCAAACCACCUUCUAUUUUACCCCUUGACCAGGGGAAAGUGUCCUCCAUAUUCUAUACUGCUGUGGUGCCCAUGUUUAAUCCAGUAAUCUAUAGCCUGAGGAAUAAGGAUGUCAAAAUUGCUCUGAAGAAAACUUUGAGCAGAAAAAUUUUCUCUUAA